UGAUAAUGGGAGAUUGCUGUAGCAAGACCAGAGGCUCUGAUUCAGAUAGCAAUGGUUACAGAGAGUUUCGAGAAAGCCAGCAAGCUUACCAGAAACAUUCAGAUCAAUCUGACAAACAGAGCCACACAGCCCCGGCCCCACGCCCACAGCCGCCGACCAUUACGCCCAACACCAUAUUGGAGAAGUCCUUUGAGGAUGUUAGGUCAAAAUACAAAAUUGGGAAAGAAUUGGGGCGGGGCCAAUUUGGGGUGACCUUUGCUUGCACAGAGAUGUCGACGGGGCAUCCGUACGCCUGCAAGUCCAUCCUGAAGAGGAAGCUGGUGAGUAAGAAUGACAGGGAGGAUAUGAAGAGGGAGGUUCAUAUUAUGCAGCACUUGAGUGGACAGCCCAAUAUAGUCGAAUUCAAGGGAGCUUAUGAGGACAAGAGUUCUGUGCAUCUGGUGAUGGAGCUUUGCAGUGGAGGGGAGCUUUUUGACAAGAUUAUACAAAUGGGGCAUUAUUCUGAGAAAGGGGCAGCUGAUCUUUGCAGGCAGAUUGUCAAUGUGGUUAGCCAUUGCCAUUUCAUGGGGGUGAUGCAUAGGGAUCUGAAGCCUGAGAAUUUCUUGUUUUCUAGCAAGGAUGAAACAGGGAUGUUGAAAGCUACUGAUUUUGGGCUCUCUGUGUUCAUUGAAGAAGGGAAGGUGUACGGUGACAUAGUUGGGAGUGCAUACUAUGUAGCUCCUGAGGUCUUGAGGAGAAGUUAUGGGAAAGAAAUAGAUGUGUGGAGUGCCGGAGUUAUUUUGUAUAUCCUCCUCAGUGGUGUGCCUCCAUUUUGGGCUGAAUCUGAAAAGGGCAUAUUUGAUGCUAUUCUGAAUGAACAAAUUGAUUUCGACAGCUCGCCAUGGCCCUCCAUAUCAAGCAGUGCCAAAGAUCUCGUUCGUAAAAUGCUGACAAAGGAUCCAAGAAGAAGAAUUACCCCUACACAAGUACUUGAGCAUCCAUGGAUUAAGGGACAAGCAUCUGACAAGCCGAUCGACAGUGCAGUUUUAUCCAGAAUGAAGCAGUUCAGGGCUAUGAAUAAGCUCAAGAAACUUGCAUUAAAGGUCAUUGCGGAGAGUUUAUCGGAAGAAGAAAUUAAAGGUCUCAAGGCAAUGUUUCUGAAUAUGGAUACAGACAACAGCGGCACAAUCACUUACGAGGAACUGAAAUCUGGAUUGGCUCGACUCGGAUCUAAACUGUCCGAAGCUGAAGUGAAACAGCUGAUGGAAGCUGCUGACGUUGAUGGCAAUGGGACGAUUGACUACAUCGAAUUCAUCACUGCUACGAUGCACAGGCAUAAGCUGGAAAGAGACGAGCAUUUAUUCAACGCAUUCCAGUUUUUCGACAAAGAUAACAGCGGAUAUAUUACGAGGGACGAGCUAGAAUCUGCUAUGAAGGAGUAUGGCAUGGGGGAUGAGGCCACCAUCAAGGAAAUAAUUUCGGAGGUCGAUACUGAUAAUGAUGGAAGAAUCAACUACGAGGAGUUUUGUGCAAUGAUGAGAAGCGGAACUACACAACCCGUAAAACUGUUUUAGGGUAUCUAAACAAAUGCUCGCGUCAAGUAAAGAGUGACAGGUUAACACUCUUCACCUUCUCAGCUCAUCCAUGGAUGAAUCUUCUCCUGUUUUGUGAGUUUGGGAAAGAAAUUUAGCUCGAGUUUUGUGAGGCUCUUUGAAGAAUUGAGAAAUGCUUGUAAUAUAAUUGCUACCAUAAUGGAUGCUUCUUUGUGUAAAUUCUGUUAGGGUCUUUGAAACCCAUUUUGAUCUUGAUUGUAAUGAUUCUCUCUUUUUGGUAAGUUUGAAUCUUUACCAAACAA